AUGACGAAAAAGCUGAAGCAGAAGCUGCAUGUGCAAGCACGGAUCGACAAACUCGACGAAAAAUGGGAAGAAUUCGAGGAAGUACAGACGCAAAUAGAGGAGCUGGAGGAGCUUGAGGAGGAGAGGGCGGAUCAGCACACGAAGACCCGGGCCGAGUUCGAGGAGUUGUACUUCAAGAAGAAGCGCCACGUCAACGCUCUGCUACAGUAUCCGAAAUUGAAAAGGAUGAAUGCAAGUGGGAUUCAUGAUGUCAUUGAUUGUUUUGACCGACAUCUAAAAAUCUUGGAUCAAUUGGGGGAAGUAACUACGGGCUGGGGGGCGAUGCGGACACAGCUGUUAAUAUCGAAGCUGGACGAUGUCUCGCAAAAGGAUUGGGAAGAAUUUGCUGUGAAAAAGGAAAAACCUGCGUACUUGCACGUGAUGGAAUUUUUGGAGGAACAAACACGAAUCCUUGAUGCGAUAGCAGUCGACCAGCACUCCGAAAGUAAACAUGCUCCAUUUUCUUCUACUCCCCUACCGUUUAAGCAACCAGUGUCGAAACUGUCGGUCCAUUCAAUGUCGGAAAAAUUUUCGCCGAAAUGUGUGUCCUGUAGCGGUUCACAUUACAUUAGUAACUGUCCGGCUUUUGUACAAAUGACACUGGAUAAGCGGUUCCAAGUCGUAAACUCGAAGAAGCUGUGCAGCAAUUGUCUUCGUCGCGACCAAUACAGUCGAGAUUGUAGCUCUAAUUUCCGCUGUCGAACGUGCAGUAAGAAGCAUCACACUCUACUUCAUCCUGGGUUAUCAGCAUCUGGUUCUGGUUCUGCGGCUGAUGCUCAGGAUCCUAAAGGGUCUCAAUUAGUUGGCUCUGGUGCUCCUAUGACCACAGCACACACGACGGAAAUCCCUCAACAGUCUAUUCAGAGUUCGAUGGCUACAAUUUAUGCAGCUAACGUCGCAGCGGAAUCACGAGAGGUGCAUGUAUUUCUGUCGACGGUUCUCGUAUCGGUGAAAGAUUGCAACGGACGGUUGCAUACUGCGAGAGCGCUUCUAGACAGCGGGUCUCAAGCGAAUCUCAUUUCUGAGAGAUUGUGUCAAAUCUUGAAGUUACACAGAAAGGAAGUAAGCAUACCAAUAUCUGGUGUGGGCAGUGCUAGGGUACAAAUCAAUAAUUCUGUUUCUACUACGAUCGGUUCACGUAUUAUGGACUAUUCGAUACCAAUGAAGUUUUUGGUUAUCAAAAAGGUUACGGAAGAUCAACCGUCGACAACGAUUCCGAUUGGUAGUUGGAAUCUUCCUUCAGAUAUGACUUUGGCGGAUCCAGGUUUUCAUAAGCGAGCUCCGAUUGAUCUUCUUCUGGGUCUAGAGUAUUUCUAUGAAUUCUUGUUACUCAAUACUGGUCGGGUGCAAAUUCAGCGCGUGGGAGAAGGACUUCCACUUUUUGUUAACACCGUUUUUGGGUGGAUUGCAGCGGGCAAGGCGGAUUUGGGAAGCAUGAACCCAGUCCCUUGCUGCCACGCGGUGGUCCAUAAUACCACUCUGGAAGAAAAGAUUGAGCGAUUUUGGACAAUCGAAGAACUGCAAGAUGUGCCGAAGCUGACGCAAGAAGAACUUGACUGUGAAGAGCACUUUCGAACCACUUUCUCUCGUGAUGCAACGGGACGAUACGUGGUGCGUCUGCCGAAGCGGAUGGGGUUCGAGCAGAUGAUCGGUGAAUCGAAAGAAACAGCGUUGCGGAGACUUAUGCAGCUCGAACGGCGGUUCAACAAAGACACUGAGUUGCGUAGGCGGUACAAAGAAGAGAUACGCGCCUAUCUAGACCAGAACCACAUGAAGCUUGUUCCAGAACAAGAGCUGAAACGCGAUAAACGGAUCGCUUUCUACCUCCCUCUUCAAGGAAUUGAGCUCCACCACGAAGAUUCGGCCCGUCCUGCAAUCCAGGACACCCUCUUUGAUCUGCUACUUCGCUUCCGCAAAUAUUUUGUGGCUCUCGUUGCUGACAUCGAAAAGAUGUACCUUCAGGUAAUGGUACAUCCAGACGACACUGCUUUGUUAUGUAUUCUGUAUAGAUUCUCGCCCUCGGAACCAAUUGCAACAUACGAGAUGUCUAGAGUCACUUUUGGUUUAGCUCCAUCAUCGUUCCUUGCUACGCGAUGUUUGCAGCAACUAGCACUCGACGAAGGUGAUCAACACCCAAGAGCAAAAGCGGCGCUCGUUAACGAUUUUUACGUCGAUGAUUUUAUCGGAGGAGCGAACUCCGAAGAAGAGGCUAUUUUGCUACGGCAUGAAUUGGAGCAGUUGCUGUCAAAGGGUGGCUUCAGACUGCGAAAAUGGGUGUCAAAUUUGGAAACUGUGUUGACAGGACUACCUCCUGGUGAACUGGGAACAUCAUCUAUGCUAAAUUUUGAUCAGGAGCGCAUGAAAACGCUAGGAGUAAACUGGCAACCAGGGUCAGAUUUACUUAGCAUCGACGUAUCAGCUUUCGCUGUAAGCGGACAGUGGACUAGACGCAAAGUUUAUUCUGUCAUCACACAAUUUUUCGAUCCCACCGGUAUCACAGCACCCGUAAUUACAUGGGUUAAGAUUCGGAUGCCGUUACUCUGGGUUGCCACUCAAGGAUGGGAUGAUUCAUUGUCACCAGACUUGGAGGAACAAUGGGCAGAUUUUUAUCAGCAGCUCCCGUUACUUUCCAACAUCAAGGUGGACCGAUAUGUGUUUACCGAUCAUCCGGCAUUGACACAGUUUCACGUAUUUUCGGAUGCGUCCGAAGCUGCCUACGGCGCGUGCAUCUACGCUCGUUCUAUCAGUCGGUUUGGGCGGAUCAAAGUAGAGUUGUUGGCAGCGAAAUCUCGCCCAGCAAGCCUGAAGAAAAUCACACUCUCAAGGUUAGAGCUAUGCGGUGCCCUCGUUGCGGCUAGACUUUACCGUAUGACUGUUAACGCCCUGAAAAUGGAGGAAAUUGAGGCUUGGUUCUGGUCUGAUUCGACCAUCGUUCUUUCGUGGCUGAAGCUGCCACCUUACGUGUGGCCUACAUUCGUCGCAAACCGGGUCUCACACAUCCAAGAGCUUACGAAGGGACACCGGUGGAACCACGUAAAGGGGACGGAGAAUCCUGCUGAUCUUGUGUCGCGAGGUGUUAUGCCAAAGGAUCUAGCAGAUUUGUCGCAUUGGUUCCAUGGUCCGCCGUGGUUGUCACUAUUCGACCAACAUUGGAACACCAGAGAACAUUUGAAAUACGAGAAGCCAUCGGAGGAAUCAUUGCAGAUGAAGAAAAGCGUCCUCGUGGUAGCAGACUCCUCCCAACCUCAUCCUUUUCUGGGUCACUAUUCGUGUUAUUGGAAGCUAUUGCGGAUUACAGCCUAUUGUAUGAGAUUCAUCCGGAAUUGUAAACGUCACAGCUCGCCCCCCACCAUCCCAAUUCUCAGCGUCAACGAACUUAAAGAAGCCAAGUACGCACUGGUACGGUGUGUUCAGCUGGAAUCAUUCUCUGUGGAAAUCAAGGCACUCGCAAACCAUCGUAUUAUUCCAGCUCACUCGUCGUUGAAACUGCUCAACCCUUUCCUGGAUCAGCAGGGUAUACUUCGUGUAGGUGGCCGGCUCAAACUUGCUGGAGAAUCGUACUCUGUUCGGCAUCCCAUGAUUAUCCCCGGCAAUCAUUCUUUCUCGCGACAGAUGGCAGUCGCUUACCACGUAAUGGCACUUCAUUGUGGUCCCCACAUGACACUCGCUCAAAUUCGCACGAAAGCGGUCCAUCUCGAGCUGGUAGGCGAUCUCUCAACGGUCGCCUUUCUGGCUGCCCUGCGUCGCUUCGUGUCCCGUAGAGGCCUACCCGCCGAGAUUCACUCGGACAAUGGUCUCAACUUCCAGGGUGCCAGUAACCAUCUUCGAGAGCUGUACGACUUACUGUAUGAUCCGACGGUGGCAGCUAAAAUCACUAGCCAAACCUCCCAGCGAGGCAUUAUUUGGAAAUUUAUCCCGUCACGAGCACCCAAUUUCGGCAGGCUUUGUGAGGCAGCAGUGAAGUCUACGAAGCUGUCGCUCAUCCGAGUUCUGGGCAAACGACAACUUUCCUUUGAGGACAUGACGACGAUCCUCAUUCAGGUCGAGGCGGUAAUAAAUGCUCGACCACUCACUCCGCUGUCGGAAGAUCCCGACGAAUUGGACGUGCUCACUCCUGGACAUUUCCUGACAGGCACCUCCCUAUUAGCAUUACCUGAUCCGGAUUACACUGAUGUUGCAACGAACCGGCUACAACACUACCAGUAA